CUCCACAGACCCACACACCCUUAGUUACAUACACGCUAACAAUCCUCAGCAGCCUCAGGGAGAUACAUUCGACAAGAACAAAAUCUCAGAAUCUACCAAUCAGAGAAUCUCCUAGCAACACUGCAGGUUACUGCCCAGGAUGGCGGGAAUAAAGGAACAGCAGUUCCCUGAGGAAAAGCCCUUGCUCCCAGAAAAGAGAGGAACUGAGUCAGACAUGCAGGAAAAGGCGUCAGGAGGGCAGCCAUGCCCUUCGAGCCCUAAGCCCUUCAAUAAACCCCCUCCUCACAGUCGUCCCACUCAUCGUUGGCAUGUCAUCGCAAGACAUUGGCUCCGCCAGACCCGCUGUCGGACCAGCGGAACCCUUCCGGAGAACUGUGAACAGCUGAUGCCAGUGGGCGAUUGGAAGGAACAUGAUAUUGAGACUCCUUAUGGGAUGCUGCAUGUGGUUAUCCGCGGGGCGCCCAAAGGGAACAAGCCUGCUAUUCUCACCUAUCAUGAUGUGGGACUGAACCACAAGCUGUGCUUCAAUUCUUUCUUCAAUAAUGAGGAUAUGCAAGAGAUUACCAAGCACUUUGUGAUUUGUCACGUCGACGCUCCGGGGCAGCAGAUUGGAGCGUCGCAGUUGCCACAAGGGUACCAGUAUCCCACUAUGGACCAGUUGGCGAGCAUGUUGUCCACUGUGGUGCAGCAUUUUGGGUUCAAGAGUAUCGUUGGGAUUGGCGUUGGCGCUGGAUCGUACAUCCUGGCCAAGUUUGCUCUGAUCUUCCCUGACCUUGUGGAGGGUUUGGUUCUGCUCAACAUUGACCCCAAUGGUAAAGGAUGGAUUGACUGGGCUGCUACAAAGCUGUCAGGACUGACAAGCGCCCUGCCAGAUACUGUACUGCCACAUCUUUUCAGUCAGGAGGAGCUUAUGAACAACACAGAACUGGUGCAAAGCUACCGGCAACAGAUCAACAACACCAUCAACCAGUUCAACCUGCAGCUUUUCUGGAACAUGUACAACAGUCGGAGGGACUUGGAGAUGAACCGCACUGGGACUGCACUGAAUGCCAAAACCCUGAAGUGUCCGGUUAUGUUGGUUGUGGGAGACAAUUCCCCUGCUGAGGAAGGAGUGGUUGAGUGCAACUCCAAGCUUGACCCAACCAACACCACCUUCCUUAAGAUGGCUGACUCUGGUGGACUACCCCAGCUUACACAGCCUGGGAAGCUCACUGAAGCGUUCAAGUAUUUCCUUCAAGGAAUGGGCUACAUCGCUUAUGUGAAGGAUCGGAGGUUGAGUGGAGGGCCAGUGCCUUCUGCCAGUAUGACUCGCCUGGCCCGCUCCAGGACCGCCUCUCUGACAAGCGCCAGCUCCAUGGAUGGGUCACGUUCUCGUGCCUGCACCCACUCCGACAGCACCGAGGGAGUUGGUGCAGUCACACAAACCAUGGAGGUUUCCUGUUGAGGUGGCAGGAAAAAAAAAAAGGGAAGGGAGGGGUGGAGCUACAGAGAGAGAAGCCAUAGGGGGUAACAAUCACGGAGACUUUAGGAUUUUAAUGUGACAGGAAGACGUUAACAGCCAUGAUCGCUCUCUGUGGUCUCAUCCCCGAGAUCUUUUGUCUGCUAUUUUCUCCCCUCCUGUAUUGUAACAAAACAGUUAAUGUGCAGUUAGAGUCAGAAGUAUACAUACUACAUUCAUCGUGGGCAUGAAUGUCACAUUCAUUCCGUAUCUUUACGUAAUGAUUGAUUUGAAGUUUCCUAUAUCCGUGGUGGAAAGAUUCUUCAAUGGGUUUUAAAGCCUUGAAUUGAGUGUGCACGUUUAAAUUUAAGAAUUUUCUGUAAUCCACACAGAGCCAAAAUGUUUUAUACAUAAUGUAAUAUAUGCAUACAUUCAACUAAAUAACACAAUGGAUGCAGAUGAUCGUUUCGCUUUGCCAUUAUUGAGCUUGACCUUAAGCAUCUGAUUGAGAUAAAACUCACAAAGGUACAUUUGAGCAAAAGAUGUAAUUGUGAGUAGGGCUGCAGGUAAUUUUUUCCAUGGUUUAAUAAUAAAGAAAAGUACAAAUAAGACAUUUCCUGUUAAUAUUGAACAACAAACUGGUUUUCAUUUUUACAUAAUCAUUGUUUUAUACUCAAAUGUAAACAGUGCAUAGGAGUCCACUAGCAUAUUACACUAGUACACUUUCCUUUCUAGAAACAUUUUAAACAAAUCUCUCCCCGUAGUUUUUAGUCUAAGAGACAAAGUGAAGUCUGAUUGAACCACAGUAGACUUUGUCCUGGGUCUUAACGUCCAGUGUACACUUAAAUAAACGGGUUGGGGCAGGAAAAAAAUGCCUCCCACAAUUUUUUGAGCAGAGAUACUCAAAUUUCAGUUUCAGCCCUAUUCGCGAGUGUUCUACUAUAUGCACAGUAUUUUAGGAUGUACGCAUAAUUUUGACCUGUGUGGAUUAAAGAAAUUCCACCAAAAAAAUGAAAAUAAUGUAUAUGUGCAUCCAAUUCUUGUUUUAAAAACUCAUUGACAGGACAGUUCCUAUCAAUCAUUAAAAGCCCUGAAUAAAUAUAAGAUUUGUGCCAAUGAUGAGUGUUUUGAAACUUCUGAACGCAACUUUAUAUUCUACUGCUAUUCCCAACCCCCACCUUCGUAAUACUCUCCACAAAUUCACUCUUGGUGCCCAGCACUUGAAUUUGUAUUUUUGACUAUCUCAUAGUUGUGUUUGCUAAGUAUCCCCUUAUUGGCUCAAGCCCCUUCCACCCCCCCCCCCCCCCCCCCCCACCCCCCAGCACAUGGCCCACACAUAAACACGUUAAUUAUUUCUGUAGCAAUAUUUAAUAAAGAGCUGCUCAUGUAAGGAUAUGAAAAGUAGAAUUUGAUCAAGUCAAGGAACAUGUACGGAGUGCGAAAAUGUGUUUUGUAUCAGCACGUGGUGGUCACAGGAUGCCAUCAUUCAAGUCGUGCUUAGUCUGUGCGUAAUUGUUGUUGCAUUAUUGCUAGACGACUCACAACCCAUGACACUGACUACUUUAAAGCUUCAUUUAAGUUGUGUGUGUUAGGGGUUGUAUAGACUAGUUUAGGUGUCGACUUUUCUCCACAAUGACCUUUGGUCCGUGAUGCUGACUUUAAUAAUAAUCCUAUUUUCUUACUUGAGAAGGAGGCAGAGCUGCAUGCAGCAUCAGAUGAGUGAAGAACUUGAAGUGAAAAACAAGUGAAGUUAUUUGGCUGUUCCAGCGGAAAGCACACAGCAAGAGAAAAAAAUAUAUAUAUAUAUACAUGUUGCUAUACUAGACGUCGACUUGACUUUCAUUAGAUUGGUGUCGACAAUAAAAAAAAAAAAUCUGAAGUCACGCACUCCUGGUGUGUGUAAUAACAUUCCAAGCUGAAGCCAACUCAUCAUUUUUAUUGACCUAUUUUACAAUUAUGUGGCCCAAGUAUCCCUAUAUACAAGUUCAACACAAACACAUACUGCCUGACGUCAAGUGGAAUGACAUUGUAUGAUUUGUGAGCUAUUGAAAUGUAUGCAUUGUUUAUGAUCACAUCAACAGAUAUUGCCUCCAAAUGCAAUUUAUUUACGCGUAGAGCAGCUUUCAUCUGAGCGCCAUGUGUAAGUCUAAGACAAUCCACAACAGUAACAUAGUGUAGAAUUGUACUUAGUAACGUCUAUAUGCAUGCGAUGUGUAAUGCUUCAUUAUGUGGGUAGUCGACAUAGUGUUAGAGGGUGGCUUACUCCAUUAGAGCCAAGAUAGUAACUACUAUCGUCAGUCUGUAACUUCACUGCAUGGUUGUGGUUCUGAUUGUAGUCAACUCUUUGUGGUCUCCACUGUGACAAUCACAUUCUGAACAAACAAACAAACAAAAUAAUCUGACAUGUACUUCCCUAAAUGCAACGAGCCCCUCUUUUACCAAAGUUAAACGCACACACACACACACUCACUAUAAAUACAGUACAUUUUACAUAUUUAUACAUGCCAUACAAAAUUUGAUGGGCUGGUAUUGAAUGCCCA